GAGCAGCUGGCAGGAUGGGGAUUGCAGCAGUGUCUCCUGCACCCAGAGGCUCUUGCUGUGCUUCGGGGCUCACCACUGCAGGCUGAAGGCAUCAAAGAGAGACCAAAAUCCUAGAGAGGGACAACUGGCAAAAAGCAGAGCUCUCCACUACUGUAGAUGGGGCGCUGGAUAUGCUGCCUUUGCUCCAGAGGUGCAGAUCCAUUGAUGCUGCUCCUGGUUCUGGCUCUGGGCUGUGACCCUUCCACAGCAGCAACAGCUUCUCCGCCUGUGCCCCACGUCAAACCCAGCUACACUUUUGGCCGGACUUUCCUGGGACUUGAUAAAUGCAACGCCUGCAUUGGGACAUCCAUAUGCAAGAAGUUCUUUAAAGAGGAAAUAAGGUUUGACACCUGGCUUUCUUCUCAUUUAAAGCUGCCCCCCAGCUCCCUGCUCAGCUACUCGGGCAACUACACGGACGACGGCAAGAGCUGGCGGGCGGUGGACAUCACGCGUUUGAGCUCCGUGCAGGGGGGGCGCUGGCUGCGCGCCAAGCGCCUCACGCCGGACCUGGUGCAGGUCGGUGUCCUGGGCCCCCGGCCCCCCACGGCCGGGGGAGCGUGGGGCAGGGCGAGCCCGGCGCGCCCUAGGGGUGGGGAAGGCUCUGGUGGGGGCGCGCUGCCCGGAGGGUGUGAGCGGGCUGGUGGUGGAGCUCGUCCCGCCUGCUCCGGGGAGGUGGCGCGGCCUUGGCCCGCCUGCCAAAGCGGAGAGGCGAAAUGGUGCUCUGAUGGGAAGCCGAGUGCCACGGUGGAAGGUCAGGCCCUCCCAGGCACAGGGGGCCCGCCGCCGCGGGGCCGGAGCUGCAGCCUGGAGCGCGCCCUGCGCCGCACCCCGCGCCUCCAGCGCUGGCUGCGCGCCAAGCGCCUCACGCCGGACCUGGUGCAGGGCCUGCCCAGCCCCCUGCUGCGCUGCCCGUCCCAGCGGCUCCUGGACAGGAUCGUGCGGCGCUACGCCGAGGUGCCGGACGCUGGCAGCAUCUACAUGGAUCACCUGAGAGACCAGGACAGGCUGCGCCUGCUCUACACCCUGGCAGUCAACUCGCACCCCAUCCUCCUACAGAUGUUCCCCGGCGUGGAGGGCUGGCCGUUCCCGCGGUACCUGGGCUCCUGCGGGCGCCUGGCGGUCAGCGCCAGCACGCGGCCCCUCCGACACUUCCUGGGCGCGGCCGCCGAGGUGGCGGCGGACCUGGCGCUGCAGCUGCUGGCCGUGCUGCGCUCCAUGGCCGCCAACGACCUCAAGUACUUCUUCUACUUCACCCGCGUGGACGCCGGCACCUUCGGCGUGUUCAGCAACGGGCACCUGUUCAUCCGCGAUGCCAGCGCGCUGGGCAUCAUCGACAGGGAGGAAGGGAGCCAGCCGAUGGACGGCCAGCAGGAGUACAGGGAUAUAUUCAGCUGCCUGGCUGUGGACUGCCAGGCUGCAUUUGUGUCCUGUGACUCCAUCAGGGACGAGCACAGCCUCGUCAUGGUGUGUCAAGACCUUCUGCCCAAGCUCCUGGCGGGGAAAUUCCUGCCCCCGGUGCAGGAGAGGAUCGAUGCCUUCCUGCAGCGCUGUGCCCGUGGCUUUGGUGACAGCCAGGGCGCCGAGGAGGCCAUGGAGGAGCUGGCAGAGAUGCUGAAACCUCUGCGCUCCUGCGACUCGCGCUUCGCCUACCGCUACCCCGACUGCAGAUACAGCGACAAGUACUGACCCAGCAGCUGUCCCAGCAGGGGCUGGGGCACUGCCAGUGCAGGGAGAGAGCAGGAACCGGGGCAGCUGAAAGAGCUGCCCCAAAUCUGGGCUGUUCUUGGCGUAGGAGGGAGCAGAGUGCACGUGGGAUUUAUUGCUCGUCUCCCCGAGAGGCAUUUGUAGGCAUGACGUAUGGUUCGUGGAUUAUUAACAUUGUCAUGACUGACAAGGGGCCAUGGGGUUAAUAAAUUUCAUUCAUGUUUUGGCC